AUGCUUUGUGUUUUUGUGCGUAGCCAUAAUAAGAACCUUGACGCCGCCAGCUUAUGGCGGGGCAACACGUUUUUCACAGCCGUGGUCGAGUCCGUGAUUCGGCUCACAUGCAGUCACUUUCUCGCACUCUCACUCAAAGAGCUAGUCACAGAGAUCGCCGCGCUGAACAGAGAGCCGCCCAAAAUGGAUAAAGUCGUCUCCGACUACGUCUUGCAAGCUCUCUGCUCGAUGAAUAACACCGCUGAUCUCUUUCCAAAACAAAUCCGCUACAUCUUGGCUCAAACGCGCAUCGGCGUCCAAAAGAAAUGGCCAUCGUCGGCAGAUUUGGCGGAGAGAGUCAUCGCCAACUUUUUGUUCUUGCGCUACAUUUCAGCUGCACUCACCACUCCGGUUAUUUAUGACCUGGCUCCGGCAGCACCAACAAUGGUCGGCCAGAAGGUCCUUCUCCAAGUCGCCAAGAGCCUGCAGCACGCGGCUAAUGGGAACUUCGCGAAGCUGAGUUCUCCGAUUCAAAACGAAACGAAAGACCUCCUUUAUCGCCUGUCGAGCGCCGAGAAUUUCACCGAUAAGAGCCAGUCCCAACAACCUCCCACUCUCACAAGUGUCACGGCUGGGAAGCGGACAAAAACACUUGCAGAAGAUUUAGAUAUUAUUUUCAAUGCUUUAGUGGCUACCAGGUCGGGAAUAUCUGAAGAGCUCUCAGACAGGCGAGCUAUCGCAAUUAUCGACUAUACCUCCGAGAUUUACGCUCGCUACAAACAAAAGCUGUCCAAGUGCAAUUUACUUCGCUAA